AUUCAUUCCAUAGUUGACCUAUCACAACGGAAACUUCAUCCUGCUGAGAUGCAACCAGGCUCGGCGGAUACGUCUGCGUCUGCGGCUGAUGCACCGCAGGACGAGGCGCAGCAGGCGCGGGACUGGUGGGGCGCUCGCGAACUGGAGGUGGAGCGAGAGCUGGCCACGAAUCUACAGCGCCGCAUGGAGGCUCAACGUACUCAGCUGUACGCGUUUAAGACGGAGCAGAGCAAAUGGGAACACGAACUGCAACUGCGUAUCUCCAAGUACGCUCACGACCGCAAGCUACUGAGCGAGCACAACGUUGAGCUGCAGGAGGAGCUUACAGUCAUGGAGGAAAAGUUCGCACAGCAUCAGCGCGAGAUGGACCUGCAGGUGCAGCGUGUGAUCGAGUUAGAAGGGAUGCUGCACGAUAAUCAAAUCGACACGCAGCAGAUGCGCGAGCUGCGGGACCAGAACGACGAGCUGCAGCAGCGACUGCGACAAUGGGAGAGAUUUUAUCGCGAAGAGAAGGUUCUCGUAGCGAAGGAGCAGAAGACGCAGCAUGACGAAUUAUUGACGGAGCUAGAGCGGUUAUUGGCCGUGUCAGAGGACGAGUUAGUGCAACCACAACAAGUAGCAUCUUCUAGUGACAGAGAUACAGGGAAGAACACCGGAGAGCCUCGGAACGCAAGAAGGCGGAAAGACGACGCUGAGGAUGAUCCUCUCGUGACAAGAAUUAAAGAACUUGAAGCGGCGUGUAAGCAAAAGGUAAGUAUAGCUUGUGUGCAACAAGUGAAGAGGUAAAGUGGUGUUGAUCGAUGUGGUAUUGUUGUCUAGGACCAGGCGAUCUACUCGUUGAAGGGUGUGCUGGAGAAGCAGGAAACCGCUUUCGACGAGAAGUUGAAGAUCGUGACAGCCAAGUACGAUCAGGUCAAGAGUAUCAACAUGGCGUUGCAGAAACGACUCAUGCAUGCGUUAACGGAGGGGGCUGGCAAGUCCUAAGUUAUGAAGUUGACCCAGUCGACCAUUCUGUAUAAUACCAAUAUCAAAGCAAUGCAACGUGCAACAACUGUACCGCUGCGAUAGGAUAAAUAGCC